AUGGACGUCGUCAAAGAACAGAUGGACAUAAGGAAAGGUCCAUGGACUCUGGAAGAGGAUUUGAAACUCAUGGAUUGCAUUACUAUCCACGGUGAAGGACAAUGGAGUUCCCUUGCUCGCGGCGCAGGUUUGAAUCGUACGGGUAAGAGUUGCAGAUUAAGAUGGAUGAACUACUUACGUCCUGAUAUUCGACAUGGAAACAUCACCCUUAAAGAAGAGGUUCUCAUUCUCGAACUCCACUCUCGUUGGGGAAACCGGUGGUCAAAGAUUGCUCAACAGUUACCAGGACGAACAGACAACGAGAUCAAAAACUACUGGAGAACUAGAGUUCAGAAGCAAGCCAAGCAGCUAAACUGUGACGCAAACAGCAAACAGUUCAGAGACAUUGUGCGUUACGUAUGGCUGCCCAGGUUGGUGGACCGAGUUCGAGCCUCAUCCGAAGCUUCUACCACCGCCCAACCCAGCACCGCCGCCACCUCCAUUUCCAUUGACCAAAACAACUACGAGACACUCAUCCCUGAAUGCCAGCAGGUCCAUAAAACUGGACUUCAGCUUCAGCCCAUUGAGGAGGACAUCCAGACCCAGAUUUCUGGCACUGGAUUAGACCAAAUUCAGGCCCAAAUUUCCCCUCUUUCUGUGGUGUCUGGUGGGAACGAUGCCUUUCCUGAUUAUAGUUGGUGCAAUAAUUUUGAAGAUGGUGUUUUUUACAGGCCGGAAUGGGAGGCUAGCCCAUCUCAAGGGUUUGAUGUCCAGGCUCUUGAGCGGAGCAACGACUGGUUAAUUGGUGGGGCUUCAUUAGGCAUUUUGUUGAAUGAUGAUAGUAUAUGGCUCCAACCUUAG